AUGGAAGAAGCUAUUCAGAAAGCUAACCAAGAUGGAACCAAUGCUGCAUCAGGUGCAACUAACCAAAACCAGACAACCAAUGGUAAUGGUAACAAGAAUAAUCAAAACAAUGGUAAACAGAACGACAAUUCCAACAGUGGAAUAAUAGCGACAAUAAACGAGCAAAGACUAAUGACAAGCCAUGAGAAUAUGUACUCUACGCUCUUAAGGUCACAAGCAAAGGCAAUGCUGACCCUUAUUGUCGGCCGUCUCCGCGCGGGUGCUGUUACGGAGCAGGCCAAAUCUUUGGAGCAACGACACGCUGAUGAACUCAAAGCUUCCAAAGUGAAAUAUGCCGAACAGCUUGCAGCGGUGCUCGAGGAGAAGAAUAAACUGGAUGAGAAGUUGAGGGAGAAGAAAAAGUCUCUGCACAAAGCCAUCGAGCAGAGGGACCAGUUCAAGGAGUCUAACCGCGUCAAUUACCGUGCGGCUAAACAACUUGAGGAGGACUUGGCUGCGAGUAGACAGGAGAAUACAACCUUGGAGGGCCAGAUUGAGGAGCUUGAGAAAGCCAAUGCCAGCAAUUUGAAAAGAAACGCCGAGCUCACACGCUGUGCUGCUCGACUGGCGGAGGAAGAAAGAGCGAGGAUUCCUGCUUCCCUUGAGAUCUCGCUGGCUACUGGGAUGGAUGGGGCAGACAAUGAGGCUGCAGACGUCGUCGAUCAGAGCCCUCCUCAAGAUCCUCCGGCUCCUCAAGAUCCUUCAGCUCCUUAG